UUGACUCCAGAAAGACUUUGAAUACUUGAUGGUUCAUGAGUUUUACGUGUAUAAUUUCUGUGGCCUUGUGUUUACCGUCUCUCAGCUGUUCUCUGAUUGGCUGUGACCUUUGACCUCUGCCGUUCUCUAACAGUUUUUCUAUCUUUGCUUCCAGGAAGCCGUUUGUUCCUGAUGGUGUUUCUGCGCCUCCGCCCGUGAUGCUGGCCGCUGAUAGGGGCCCCGCUGCUGGCGCCCCGCCACCCGGCCUCCUAUCAGGCGGGCCGGACCGGGCCAUCUGCGUCAGCGGCGGCUCGGCACCGGCGCGGUGGGAGGGACGUCCGGGCCGAGGGGAUUUAAACGGAACCGGGAACAAACGUCGGAUUCAGGCAGAGACCGAGACGAGCAGAGAUGAGUCUGACGGAGAAGGACAAGGCUGCGGUGAAGGCGCUGUGGGCCAAAAUCGCCAAGGGGGCGGACGCCAUCGGGGCGGAAGCUCUGGCCAGGAUGCUGGCUGUGUACCCCCAAACCAAGACCUACUUCUCCCACUGGCCGGACCUGAGCGCCGGUUCCGGUCCCGUCACGAAGCACGGGAAGAAGAUCAUGGCUGGAGUCGGGCUGGCGGUGGCCAAGAUGGACGACCUGUCCGGCGGCCUGCUGGAGCUCAGCGAGCUGCACGCCUUCCAGCUCAGGGUGGACCCGGCCAACUUCAAGAUCCUGGCGCAGUGCCUGCAGGUGGUGAUCGCCACCAUGUUCCCCAACGACUUCACCCCGGAGGCUCACGUCGCCCUGGACAAGUUCCUGUCCAACGUGGCCCUGGCCCUGUCCGAGAAAUACCGCUGAGCCGCUGCAGCAUGACGCAGCAUGACGCAGCACGACGCAGCAUCAUGCAGCACGAUGAACAACCCCACAGAGCAAUAAACUGCUUGCCACCCAA